GAUAGUGAUAAUGAGACAAAACUACCAAUACUAAUAAUAGUAGUAGUACUACAAAGUACAAGUUAUAACUACCACAGUAACAAUACUAUUUUAUGUAUAACGUUAAUGUUGGUCUGAUUGGGCUAUUGCGUUUUUUACUUUUAACAUACUCCAGACUUUUCAUAAUAUCUCAACCUGAUCUCUUAUGCUAAUCCUGUCUUUUCUUAAAUUCCUUCAGUAUUGCAACUUCUACCACCACUCCUGAAUUUGGUUACCAGAUUUCUAAACUGAAAAGCUGGAACAUUUUUCUGUCUAUGUAGAGUAACACUGUAACAGCUUUAAAACAAUUUAUAUUACAAUAACAUUUGUACUAUUUCUUAAAUAGUCAGAUGUUUAUUGCAUUUUGUUUUUAAAAUGGUGAAUACAAAGCUCAGUAUACAGUGCAACAAUGUUUCCUGGAUGUUUGAGCAUAUUCUGUCAAGAUGCAAUCAAAUUUACCAGUAUUAGAAAGGUCAGGCAGUUGUGCAGAAUUAUUCCUUACAACAGAAGUUGUUGUCCAGUGACAUAUGUCUUUUUCAACUCUGAAACAAGACAUCUCUCUUCAACUGGGUCCAGACAUCAGCAAGUUGGGGAAGAUAUUGAGCAGAGCCUAACUGCUGAAGUUUGGGAUAUUGUUGUUUCCGGUGGUGGUUUAGUGGGAAGUGCUAUGGCAUGUGUACUGGGUUAUUCUUCAGUUUUAUUAGAUAAGAAAAUAUUGAUGUUGGAGACAGGACCUCCCUUCUCACAGAAACCACUAACAGAAAAAUAUAGUAACCGUGUGUUUGCCCUCACACCGGCUACUCGGGAUUUACUAAAUAGUUUUAAAGCAUGGGAUAACAUAUGUUCAGUGAGACUGAAACCGGUGAAAAGGAUGCAGGUUUGGGAAGCAUGCUCCGAUGCCACAAUCUCUUUCCAGCAUACUGGAAUGUUGCAUGAUGUAGCAUAUAUUGUGGAGAAUGAAGUGAUUUUAGGUGGAGUGAUGGAACAGCUGGCCAAAAUAUCGGAUAGAGUGACUGUGUUAAACCAUGCAAAAGUUACAGAAUAUGUCCUUCCUAAACAAGGCGGUAUUAAUGAGUGGGUAGAGAUCAAGCUAGAAAAUGGACGGAAGCUAAAAACAAAACUUUUGAUCGGAGCUGAUGGGAUGCGAUCACUGGUAAGAAAGACCAUGAAUGUGAAUUAUACAGCUUGGAACUAUGACCAGAAGGCUAUUGUGGCAACAUUAAAGCUUUCUGAGCCAACAGAAAACAAUGUUGCAUGGCAAAGGUUCAUAAGCACAGGACCAAUUGCACUAUUACCACUCAGUGAUGACCAGUCCUCAUUGGUGUGGACAGCAACAUCAGAGCUGGCUGACCAACUGAUGGCAAUGCCAGAAGAUAACUUUGUUGAUGCUUUGAAUUCUGCUAUUUGGGAUGAAAGCAAGAAAAACCCAAUUGUUGAAAAGACUUUAGGGACACUGAAUAGCUUUCUGAACACAUUGUGGCCAGGAGAAGGAAGUGUUCGGCAACUACCUCCUAAUAUUCUGUCCAUUGAUGAAGGAAGUAGAGCAUGUUUUCCUUUAGGACUUGGCCAUGCUGCUCAUUAUGUGGCUCCAAGAGUUGCCUUGGUUGGUGAUGCAGCACACAGGAUCCACCCACUUGCAGGACAGGGUGUAAAUCUUGGCUUUGGCGAUGUUCAGGCUCUCGCUAAACUUCUAGUCAAUUCUGUAUAUGAUGGAAAUGAUAUUGGGACACUGGAACCGCUUUUGGAAUAUGAAACUGAACGACAACGUCAUAUUGUGCCAACCAUGUGUGUUAUAGAUGGACUAAACCGACUGUACAGUACAGACUUGUUACCAGUUGUUCUUCUUCGUAGCCUAGGCCUACAUCUGACAGAUACCUUUAGGCCUAUUAAGGAAAGAAUUAUAUCACAUGCAUCAUCAUGAAUGAAGUCUUCCAUAGUUUGUGUUAACAUUAACAUCUACUUUUAUUGUCCAGUAGAUGUAACAUACCUAUAUUUUUAAGUUAUGAUAUUAUAUUAUGUCUUUUUUUGAGAAACCUGAAAAUCUGAAACAUUUUUAUGAGAGUUUUGUACUUAGCUUGUUUUAAGGUGCCUUAUGCUGUACGAUGAAGUUCAUCAAACUAAGUUAAAAACGAUAGAAAUUGUUUUUUUGAAGUAAUUAGUUCAGAGAAAGUAAAUUGAUUUCUUUUAUCCUAAUGUUUUUGAAUCUAGUGUUGAGUAAAUACUGAAGUAGUUAGAUCAUAAAAAAAACUGUCAAAUAUUAAUUCAUGUACCAUAUGCUACUAGAUAACCUUGUAUGUAUUACAAAAUUAUAUCAUUACAGCUACAAGUAUUAAAAUAAUGUCCUGGAAUUUAG